AAAGAGAGAAGAGAAAAUAAGAGAGAAGUAACUCCCUUCUUCGGUUCUGGAUUCUGUCAUAAUAUGUUAGCUUGCAAAUGAUGACCACCGAAUCACAAAACAUGAUUGUUGAGCCGAUAAGAGAAAACGGACUGAUUCAAGUGUCAAGUGAGGCAACUACUGGCUCUCCUGAAGCGUCUAGCACUGCAAGCGAUUCCCCGACCCCAACAAACAGUGUCCACGAGAAAAACUGGCCCUCACAUUGGCAAGGUCUAGUUUCAGAAGAGCAAAGACAGCUGCUCGGCACAGAAGAAGAGUCAUCUGACCGCCACAGCAGCGACGGAGAAGAUGAGAUACCAAAGGAGGUGUGGACUAUCAAUGAGGAACAACAAGAGUACUACAGGACACAGUUCUGCAACCUGCAGCCCGACCCUAGCUGUCUGUUGCCAGGACCCACGGCCAGACAGUUCUUUGAGAAGUCCAAACUGCCUGUGCAGGAACUCCGCAAAAUAUGGCAACUAGCGGAUGUGACGAAAGAUGGUGCGCUGUCCCUGGCUGAAUUCAAUGUUGCAAUGCACCUGGUGGUGUUGAGGAGAAAUAACAUCCCGCUACCGGACGUGUUGCCGCCCGCUCUACUGCCCAGCGUGACCGGCUCACGCGCGUCUAGUCCAGCUCUCAGCACGGCUGGGUCAACCAGCUCACCACACCGGGGGAAAGAGUGGACCAAGUUUGUUGAUUCACCUACAAGCUCAGUUUCAUCUCCUGGACCCAAACCUGUGAAUUUCGACUUCCAUAAAUCUGCAGUAGAACAAGAUCCCAAGAUACUCCACCCAGUGCCUCUGAGAGUGACUCCUGCGCCAGACCUGCUGGAGUCUGAGGAACCCAAGAAACUAACGGAACAGCUGAGUGGAGGCGAGGCGAGUCCGAUACGACCAAUACAGCGGCCGCAGCCCAAGAAACCUGCUGCACCAGGGCCUGGUGCAAUACCUCCACCACCUCAGCCAGUCUUGGACGAUGUUACAAACUCAGGCCCUGUCAGUUUGCCCACAACUGUACUCAAGAAGGAGCCUCCACCUCCACCCCCGCCACGGCCUCACCGCACACACACUAGAAGUUCCUCUCUCGACCUCAACAGGCUUGGUAAAAGUGGCAUACUCACAAACAUACCUCCAGUUCCUCCCAGGACAUCACCUGGAUCAAUGUCACCCAAAAAGUACAUCACUCAUCAUCACCAAGAAGGAGAGGCAGAUCAGUCGACAGCUUUCGCAGACUUCGCUCAGUUCCCCGCGGAGACGAGUGAUCAAGUCAGAUCUCACGGGGCCUUCCAGGUGUACAGAAAACCAAUUCCAGAGAGAAGUUCUCCACCGUUCAGAGAAAUUCCUCCCACACCUUCCGAUGGCAGCCUGGACGCUCGGAAGGAACACAAUGAGGUUUUGCGGCAACUGUGUGCCACACUGCAUAAUGAUCUGACUCUCGUAAAAGAGGAGAAAAUCUCACUUCAGUUACAACUGGACAAACUAAAUGCCAAGAUUAUAACCAGUUAGACCUUCUAGCUAAUUAAUUAAUAAUCUCAGUUGUUACAAUACGUUGAUUGCUGUAAAUUUACCCUUCAAAAUAGUAUUAUCGUUAAUUUAAUGGUUGAUGUUAUACUGUUUUGCACUAGUGUUAUUUUGUAUAAAUAUGUUAUUGUAAAAAAAAAUAUAACAACAGAGCUAGACUGUAUGAUUUGUUAUGUUUUAUUUGUUAGCAGCCAAAAACUUACAGUUUGUGUAUAAAUAUUUUUAGGAUUUUAUAUUUGCUCACAUAUUGCUAUGUUAAGUCAUUUAAGUGUCCUAAGGCUUACUGAUAAGUUUAGAGAGGAGUCUUGGUGAUAAUAGUAUGAUAAAGAACAGCAAAGAUCUUUUUUUUACUUUUUCUGAAAUAUAUCUAAAAGAUAUUUACUGUAAAUUUAGUUUUCCUUUAUAACCAAAGUGUUAUUAUAAAUACAUUAUAUGUCAAAACUGUAUGGUGGUUCAUAGUUACUACUAAAUUAAAACAAUGAUCACAAUUAAUUUUUUCUCGCAAAUGUCAGGAAAAUUAACUUGAUUAUUUAUUAAUCAUUAAUGAUUUUUUUUUAAGUGGAUAUUUCUGUGCAGUAGAACUCCAAUUAUCUGGAUCAGUAGGGAUUGGACCCCGUAUAUAGAUUAUCAAGAAGCCAGAUAAACAUAUUUUUAAAGAAAAAGUUGUCUAAAAUAGAAAAGUAGUUAUAAACCAAAUUGUAAUGUACAUUUUUACAUGACAAUUGCUUAGUAGUUUGUUUAUGAGAAGGUGGCAUUAGGAAGAUGAUUACUCGUCCAAUAGACUCGCCGCAUGAUGCACACAAUUAUUGGCCCACAUUUAAAUAUGUGAAUGAUUACCACAAACUGCAUGCAACAAGAAUAAACUUAGUUUUUCUGGUCAAUUUCUUUUCUUUUUCUUAAGGUUAUCUGGAGGAUUGGAGUUUUGAUUGUAAUUAGAGUUCUACUGUAGUUUUCACGGUCUGAAAUCAAUGUGCUUUAUUUGGAUUAGGAUCCCCAGAACCAAAUAUGCAAAGAUUUUUCAAAUUGUUUGUUACAUACCUAGGAAUUUUUUUAGUGAUCUGUAUCCCUAAAUAGUACUUUAUGGGUUUGGUGGCCAAACCUUCGUACUAUUGUGUUCUUCAUAGCGAAGCUUGUAGUAAAAAUUUAUUGAUUAUAAAUAUAUUAAAUAAGUAAAACCCAAAAAGAAAUUCUUUAUAAAUUUUAUCUGUAAUUUUGCUUCAACAAGUCUAUUCAUUUUGAUAAAACUGCAUGUCUAUAGUUCUGAAAUAAAAACAUUUCUUGUAGAAACUUUCAAAUUGGUAAUAAAGUAUGGCCUCAAUGGCAAUUUUCCCUUAUCAAUACUAAACUUGCUUGUGAAGCUUUAUGUCCUUUAUACUUCCCUUUCCAUAUGUUAUCAAACAUAUGUUAUUAACAUAUAGACCUACUAUAUUUUGUUGUGUAUGAUACUAAAAAAUUUUAAUUUUAAAUGCUAGACAAGCCAAGUCAAAUUUGCUUAGAUUUUUUUUUUAUAUUUUAAAAUCAGUAAUUGUCAAUUUUAUAAAAUAAGUAGCCCUAUCAAUUUGCAAGUUAUCUUAAUAUUCUUAUUCUAGUCCUUUAAUUAUUGUAUUAUGCUUGCGUAAUAUCAUGAAAGUUAUUUGAAGAGAAAUAUUAUAAUCUUAACACGUAAUUUCUAACGAAGUAUAUUUCAUUACUUUUUAAGUAAGGUCCGUUCGUGCAUAUCUUUGUACUUUGUGUGUACGCCAUAACCAACGAUCACAUAAGACCAACAGAUGGAGCAUGUUGGCCGCGACGUCAAGCCAGUAUUUUUCACCAAUCCUCACUAAGAUGGCAGCUGCCGGCUGUGAUGAGCCCUAGUAGCACGCGCAGCUAAUUAAAUGUUAGUCGAUAGCAAUGGUACCCAUGACAAUAUGCCUUUGUAUUACAAAUAUUUCUGUUACUAUCACAAUGACCUUCAAAAUAAGCUUUUGAUUUUUUUUCUAGCGUUUACUGUUUCUUAGAAAAAGUUAGUUUUUAUUAGCAACAAAAAAAUUUUGGGCGAAAGGAAAAUUCUGAAAAGCUACAAGUUUAUUUAUAAUAAUAUAUGUAUCUACAUCGUAUUAAAGUUUGAUAAAGUUCUGAUGUUUGGUUUACAAUGUCCGAAUUUUCAAAGUCACAAGAUAGUCUCUGAAACUCUUUAUACAAUUCUCCUUUAUAUUCUGACUGUCAUAAUAAUUUUUAUGAAAGAGUUAAAAAAUAUUAUUUUUUAGAUUAAUAAAAAUAAUAAAACUAAGAACAUUUAUAUGUAAUCUGUGUUAGCUUAGUAACUUUUCUAUAUAGCUCCAAACUAGGGUAUCUAAACUGUAUUACAAGUGAGGUUGAAGGCAGAAUCUGCCCACAUGACGCAACGCGGCGCGGCGGGUAGCCCCAAUAUUACAAUUUAAAUUACAACCAAACUACACCAGCUAAAAAUUUUUAAAAAUAUGAUCCAAAAGAUUCAAUUCUUUAGCUACAAAAUCCACCGUUUUUUAACUUACCUGGCCAAUAAAUUAAAAAAGUAGCAGCCGACAAACUUUUUCAUGUCAUAUUUAAAAACUCAUUUGAAAGUACCGACUUUAUUUGAAGAUUUAAAAUAGAAAAUGAAAAUAUUAACUCUUAAGCUUUUUAUUAGAACCAACAGUGUCAUAGACUUAUUGACUUCACUCAUACGAAGUUUCAACCAUAUAACUUUAGUCGAAGUAGGCUAAAUGUCGAGUUAUUUUGAAGCGGAACGUUGAGUUUUUGUGCCAAUUUCAUCGACAUCCAGCGCUUCUAACCUAAAGUAAGGUGGCAGACCUGGCUUCACCUGCGUUAAUGUUAGUUAGAUAGGCGUGCUCCAUCUAUUGGUCUUAUGUGAUCGUUGGCCGCAACGAGGCGACACGCUGCUUACUAACUCAUUGGUGAACAGAAUCACGCCACUUGCAACUGUGUAGCUGAUAAUGGCUAUGCUGUUUGCCUAGACAUUUUUUUGAAAUUAUUCAAUCUUCCUCUAUGCAAAGAUAAGAACAGUGAUACGUUUUCGACUGCAAGAAAAAUCAAAAUCCCCAACCCAUUUCCGCACUUUACUCUAACUCAUUGCAAGGCGAAAAACAUCAGUCAUUUGGUGAUGGAUGAGCAGCAUUGGAUAUAUUUCUUGCAUUCAGAAAACAAACCAAAAAGAAAAGAGACAAUAAUGUAAAACCUAGCCGGAAUGUUCAAUAAUUCUUAACAUUUUCUAGGCACACAGCAAAGCAUACACAUCAGCUACAGAGCUGAAAAUGGGGCAAUUCUGUUCACAAAUGACGCCAGUAAGCAGCAAACUGUCACGUUGCUGUGUACAGUAGAACUCCGAUUAUCCGAAUCAAUUGGGACCAGACCCCAUUCGGAUAGUCGGAGUUUUACAGGAAUUCCGGCAAUUUCCAAGAAAAUCCUCAUUUUCGGUACUAAAUGAACUUUUAAUUGAUAAUAAAUUAAAUCAGAACAUUUUUACAGUUUACAAUGCUCAUAGCACAAGUGUUUAUACAUGUUCUUAAGUUAAUAGUGUUCAAUCAAAGUCCAAAAUUACACACUGGCUAAAUUUGUUUAAUAGCAAUUCUUUGAUAUUUUGGGAAACUUAUUAUUACUGAAGCUUUACGUUUUUUAAAGUUGUUGAAAUAACUUAUGCGAUUCGGAUAGUCGGCGAUUCGGAUAAUCGGCGAUUCGGAUAGUCGGCGAUUCGGUUAAUUGGAGUUCGGCACUGUACUUGCAGACUAUGGAGCUAUUUGCACAAACGGCCCCUUAAAAUACACCCUCAUAAUUUCACAUUUAGUAGUCAUCUACAUUUUCUUUCAGCAUAAAGUAUAUAAAAAAAAUAUUUAUUUAUACAUAGCUGUAACAAUAACGUUAUAUUUUUGUUAUGAAAAUAUUAACAUUAAAAUAUAUAUCUAGGCCUAGGGUGUUAGUUUGUAUAUAAAUAUAUUCUGUUUUAAUCCCAGAGUCAUAUUUUAUACACUUUACAAUUCUGAAGCUAUCUUGCCAGAAACUUUUUUAUGUUUAUACAAUGAAAAUAUAAAAUAGUAGAUGGGUAAUAACUAGUGCUCUAAUUAUUUAUUUAAUUUAAAAUACACCUAGAAAUACUACUUAUUUAAAUGAAUUUUAAAAUUUAUCACGAAACAUCCUGUACAACAUUGAUGUUGAUACACUGUAUUUGUUAAUAGUUAGUUGUUGAUAGUUUUUAUUAAGAUAGAGAUUAUAUUAAGUCUGCAUAUGCUGUUAAGAACGCUUUAUGAAAGUAUACUCAACUUGUUAUGGACAAACUGUGGUUGCAAUAAUGAUUUUUUUUAAUUUUUUUGCCUAGUAAAAAUUGUUAUGAGAAAACCAAUAGUGACAUUGUUUAUAAGUAUUUACUGCUAAAUGUCUAUGCUUGUGUCCUUAAUUGAAAUUGUUAAGUUUACCGUGCAGCUUGUACAUAUUAAGGCUAUAUCUUUAUUUUUUAAAUUGUGAACAGUUUUUGAUGGCGCUUGUUAUUGACUGACGUUGUGUUGGAAAAUUUGUAAAUAAAUGCCUCAUAACAUGUUUAA